UGGUCAUCUGGGACACUGAGGCUCUGUCUCUACCCUGGCUUUAGGAACAAGGCUGGACGCUCUUGUCCGCACUCCCUGGAUGUGCUGAGCACCUGCUGGCAUGAAGUUUUUCCUCCAAUAUGUGGGCUGCAUUUUUGCUUUUUUCUCUGCUGGGUUUUUGGUAAUAUCUACCUGGACAGACUGCUGGAUGGUGAAUGCUGAUGACUCCCUGGAGGUGAGUACAAAAUGCCGUGGCCUGUGGUGGGAAUGUGUCACAAACGUUUUUGAUGGGAUCCAAACUUGUGAUGAGUAUGACUCCAUCUACGCCGAACAUUCUGUGAAGCUGGUGCUGACCCGAGCCAUGAUGAUAACAGCAGACAUCCUGUCAGGACUUGGAUUUCUCUUCCUGGUCCUGGGACUGGACUGUGUGAAAUUCCUUCCCGAUGAGCCUCUCAUCAAGCUGCGCAUCUGCCUGGCGUCUGGGGUUAUGUUGCUCCUUGCAGGUCUCCCUGGCAUCACGGGCUCAGUGUGGUACGCUGUGGACGUCUACAUGGAGCGCUCCUCUCUGCUCUUCCACAACGUGUUCCUGGGCAUCCAGUACAAGUUUGGUUGGUCCUGCUGGCUCGGCAUGGCAGGGUCAUUUGGCUGCUUCUUGUCUGGGUCCCUGCUCACCUGCUGCAUGUAUCUCUUCAGAGAGACCAGUUCUGGAAGACUCCAUUAUGCCUACUCCUCGAGGAAAGGCUAUUCCUCAGCUGUGACCGUCGUAACAAACAUGCAUUUGCCAUCCUCGCAAACAGCCACCUCCAAAAUGUAUGCGGUGGACACAAGGGUGUGAGGAGGAGAUGCAGUUGAAUUUCAAGGAUCUACUGUAUGCUGCAACAUUUGCAUUAUGAGAGCUUCAAAAUACCUUUCCUCCAAGAAAGUAAACUCUGAGAAGAUCCUUCUUCCUGGAAUCCUCUUGUCUUGGGUGCUGAGGCCACGUGCAUAAACAUGGACUGAAAUAACCAACACAAACUCUUCUCAGCAUUUGUCUUAACACUAUUGGUAGAAGUGAGAUAAAUCAGCCAUUCCUGAACCAGACAGCAGUGUUCUGCAUGAAGAUCCCCAAACUGCAAGAUGGAUCUCUUCCAUCUCUGGCAAUGUGUCAACAGAGUCUGCAAAGGAGAAAUCCCUGGCAAAAGGAGGGACUGACUGUCUGACCAACACAUCUGGACCCUGUGCACUCAGCGUGGGGGUCUGCCCCUCUUACAGGCAGCUGGGGAGCUUUUCAGGAGAUAAGAGAUGUGUUAAAUGUCUGACCCUCUCUUUGGUCCAUGAACCUCUGCACUGAGAAAAGAGUGUAAAUGCAGCUGUGUUCUUCCCUGAAAAAUACCGUCCUUCUCAGUCAGUGUUAAAAGGUACACUACAGAAUCUCUAAACUCACUGAAAUCUGGAAACCGCCAGCUUCAUUCUGCUUAAUAAAAACAUU